UCGCCUCGCCUCGGCGCCUGCAGGCUACGGCGGGCGCGCUCCGUUAAUGGCUGAGCCAUUGGCCGCCGCGCGCGGUCGUUUCGCCCCGCCGCGCCCCUCCCCGCUGCCAGGAGGAGCCCAUCCGGGGGCGGCCUCGGAGCGGGGCGGGGCCGCCGGAAGCGGGGCCGUGGCCUCCCUGCUGCUGCUGCUGCUGCUGCUGCUGCUCCCGCCCGGGGCCGGGGGAACCCCCCCGCGGCUGUGCGGGAGCUGUCCGGGGCCGCCGCGCAACGGCUCCGUCGUGGCACAGUUCUGCGCCUCCAGGGCCGACUCGGAGCUGUGGGGCCGCUGCUGCGUGGGGAGGGGGUCCGGGCGGCAGCACCUGCUGGGGUUGGACCUGAGCAGCUGUUCCCUGCGGGCUCUCCCCAGCGCCUUCAGUGAGGCUGCGGCUGCCGUGGUGCUGGACCUGACGGAGAACCCGCUGGCGGCGCUCCCCGAUGGCUCCUUCCUGGGUUUCACGCAGCUGCAGCAACUAGUGGUGCCGCUGUCAGUGCCGUGCCCAGGCGGCAGCGGUGCAUGGGAGGAGGUGACGACGUAUGGCAGCGGCCGCCUGUGCCAGGGCCAGAGGAACCCCUGCAACGGCUCUGAGGAGCUCGUCCCACUGUGCCCUGAGAACGCCGCCUGCGCCCCGGAUGGCCCCGGCUUCUCGCAGUGCCUCUGUGCAGGCCCCUUCCACGGCUACAAGUGUCUGCGGCAGGGCGCCUUCCCCGUGCCGCUCUUCUGCAGCGUGCUGGGGACCGUGACAGCGGCACUGAGCCUCGCGCUGUGGGGCACCCAGCGCCGGCACGCAGCAGGGCCUUGACCACAACCAGGAGGGGCGGUGUGGGACGUGGCCGGACUGCGGGGCACGGAGUGAAUAAAGCGUGUGACAGUGA